GGCUUGAAAAGUGCUUGAAAACGAGUCCAAGGCUUGAAAAGCCCUUGAACAAAGGGUGGCCUUGAAAAAGUGCUUGAAAAGUGCUUAUUUCAUGUAAAAAAGCCUUGAAAAUGUGUAUUUCUGCUCAAAAUUACUUUAACCAUCAUUUUAAUUAUAAAUUUUAAUCGUUCUUAAGGGAAAUAUUACGAAAAUUUAUCAUAAAUUCCUUCGCGCAAAAAGAGUACGAAAUAUAAUGUUCGUAUACUAUUGAGUACAAAACGUUAUGUGUACAUGUCACAGAUUAUGUGUACUACGUCAGACGCUCUCCAUUGUGUUCUGUUUUCGCGAGUGAAAACGCAGCGAUGGGGAAGUGUCAUUUUAAACCAGGGUGGUUAAGUGAAUAUUCCUGGGUACAGAAAACAAAUGACAUUCGUAAAGCACAUUGUCGGGUCUGUAUGAAGACCAUUGAUGUCGGGGGAAUGGGGGAAAGCGCUUUGAAAAGCCACGAGAAAGGGGAAACCCAUAAAGAAAACAUGAAAUUGCGAAGCAAACAGGGUUCCUGCGAUGUGUUUUUUGUGAAACAGGAAGGUGCUAUAGUUAAAACCGACAUAAACAACAACAGCCCAUCUGUGUCAAACCAGGAAGGUACAUCCGCAGAGAGUGUGCAGAUAGAAGAUAAUCAAAUUCCAGGAUCUUCGCAAUCAUCAGCAGCAGUAUCAAACUCCCAGACAUCAAUAGACAAAUUCGUUUCAAAAAAUGAUAUGUUGAAAGCGGAAAUAUUGUGGGUAUUGCAUACAGUUUGCACACAUCAAUCAUUCAAUUCCAAUAAAAACAUUACAAAGUUAUUUCAGGUUAUGUUCCCUGACAGUACCAUAGCAAAGAAAUUUUCUUGCGGAGACCGCAAGACAGCAUAUGUUGCUGUUUUUGGGCUAGCUGAACAUUUUAAAACUUUACUUGAUAGUUCCAUAAGUGGACCAUACUCGGUGUCUUUUGAUGAAAGUCUAAACAAGAAAGACCAAUCCAAGCAAAUGGACAUCCAUGUUUGGUUCUGGGACGGAAGUCAAGUCGUUACAAGAUACUACACUUCCGAGUUUCUUGGUCAUGCCACAGCCACUGAUAUGUUAGACCAUUUCUGCAAGGCUGUGUUGUAUUCCCUCAAGCCGGCUGAUAUGAUUCAGGUUUCCAUGGAUGGUCCAAAUGUAAAUUGGAAGUUCUAUGAUCUGCUUACGGAAAAAUUAACCCAUGAACAUCAAACAAAGCUAGUGAAUGUCGGGUCAUGCGGACUACAUACGGUCCAUAAUAGCUUUAAGGCGGGAGCUGAUGCAACAGGGUGGAAAAUUGGUGAUAUCCUUACGAGCUUGUACUACCUCUUCAAAAAACACACCAGCCAGGAGAGAGGACUUUACUAAUAUAAAUAUAGGCAGAUUACAGUAUAUUCACUGUCUUCGGAGACUUUGCUUCUUUAUCAUGUGAAGGAAUAUUUAGAUAACUGAUGUUGAGACACAAUGACAUAGUUUCUUAGAUUAUAUCUGGGGAAAAAAUUACGAUAACAAAGUACCACAACUGUCAAAAUAAUGAGGUUGCCCUCGCAACACAACGAAAUGUGGCCAGAACGGUUUGAUUGCUCUUGGUCAAACAUUAGCAAACCUUAGGCCCUUCAAGCUCUAGGUUCAAGUUUAGUUCAGGGUAAUUUGACCAGAACAACUUAAAACUUUAUAAGUCAUUAUUCAAUACAAGAGCUAACAAACUCUGGCUUUGCCUUUUUUAUGAUUUUCAUGUUUAACUUUUGUACAAAUUAUUUCCAGAUAACUGGAAGCACACAGUUUCCCUUGAAGUUUGCAAAUCAUCGGUGGUUGGAAAAUGUUCCGGUGACUGAACGGGCCAUAUCACUGUGGGACAACAUGCAGCAGUAUAUUCAGGAGACAGAGAAGUCAAAAGCACCAACCUGCAAGUCGUACGAAGUCAUUAGGACAGCAGUGAAAGAUCCACUGAUUAUCGCUAAAUUGCAUGUUUUCAAGUCUGUGGCUAAGUUGUUGGACCCAUUCCUCUCUGACUUUCAAACUGAAGCUCCUAUGGCCAUCUUCUUGGGUACUAGCUUAGCAGAAACUAUCAUCAGCAUUUUGAGACGGUUCAUCAAACCUGACAUUAUGGAGACAAUUACCUCAUCCAAUUUGGGUAAUGAAAUAGACCCAUCUGAUAAGACACUGCAUGUUAUAUACAGUAAAGUUGAAAUUGGCUUUCAGGCAGAAAAAGCUUUGAAGGAUGCUCAGCCUAAAACCUCUGAAAAGCAAAGAAUGGAGUUUCGUAUGAGUGCGAAAGACUUCCUGGAAAAAACUUCUCAGAAAAUUCUGGAGAAAUCUCCAGUUAAGUACUCUCUGGUGAGAAACCUUUCCUCACUGGACCCAAGAAUGAUGGCUGGAAAACCUGAAAAGUGUAGGAAACAGUUCAAAAGGUUAGUUCACCAUUUGAACAGUCUGCAUAAGGUUAAUGAUGAUGAUUGUGACAAAGUGUAUGAGGAAUACAAUAAACUUAUUGAUAGAAUUCCAUUGAUAGGUGUGAAAACAUUCUCUGAAUUUGAUCUUAAAAAGGAUCGGUUGGAUGCAUUCUAUGCAAAGAUACUGACAAAUGACUUUGGACAUCUGAAAAAUGUGGUAUGUCUUAUACUUGUACUCUGCCAUGGUCAGUCCGAUGUUGAAAGGGGAUUUUCUGUAAAUAAAGAGUUGGUGGUAGAAAAUCUUGCGAAGGAAACUUUAAUUGGACAAAGAAUCAUAUGCGAUUAUGUUAAAACUGUUGGGGGUGUUUUGAAUGUUCCCAUAACUAAGGAUUUGCUGAAAUCAGUUCAGUCUUCGAAUGCUAAGUACAAUGCACAUUUGUCUGUAGAAAAAGAGAAAAAGUUGUCUGAAGAAAAGAAAUUAAAAAGGAAACUAGAAACUGAAGAACUUAACAAACUGAAAGACAAAAAAGCAAAACUUGAAAAUGAUGUGGUCAUGUUGGAGGAGAAAACUGAAAAACUUAUGGAGAAAGCUGAAGCAACUAGACAUUUUGCUUUUGUCACAGAAAGCAAUAUUUUAAGGAUCGGUUGUAAGGAUAAGAGGAGACAGCUGGAAGAACUGGAAAAGGAAAUCAAACCUGUGAAAAACAAAAUGUUAGAGUAACUAAUUUCUAUUUAGAUGAAAUGAACUAGUCAGUUUGAUGUGAGCAUAGAGAGAGACAAUGUGUUUGUUCGUAAGAACUUAAAAAAGUAAAUACAUAUGUGAGACUCAUUGAGUUAAGGAUGGAUCAUGUAUGUGUAUAAUUAUAAGUAGAAAUAAUAUGUAUGAGUUAUUGUUAAAUAAGUUUUAUUUGUGUUUGAGCAAAUAAAUGAUAUUUACUGUGACAA